UGUUGUUGCCCGAAAACUUGCCACUCCUUCCUCUCUACCUCCUAACUAAACUGGCAUCUAUAUAGUGCUAUAUUCUAAUGCAAAAAGCAAUUUCCUCAAUCACUUUUAUUUUCCUAUCAGAUCCAACUAGAAAUUUAUUUAACCUUUUCUUUACUCAUCAACAAUCUUGUAGGUCCAAAGCUGAAAUGUUUGGACCAUUUUCAAUGAUGGAUCCAAUUUGCAUUCUUUGAUCGUUAAAAUUGAUUUUUUUUAUUGUAAAAAAUGAAUCUUUAACCUCUUAUAAAAUUUUUUCUUUUCUUUUUUUUAUUGGGAAUUUUGAGUGAUUAAAUUUCUGGGCUUGGCUUAACAAUGGUAACUGUAAAUCUGGGAAUGCUCCACUAUGUAUUGGAUCAUGUAUAUGGUGCGGUUCUGCACAGAACAAAGAUUACCCCGCCAUUUUUUUCAAGAGGGUGGGGUGGAAAUAAGCUUGAGCUAUUUGAGAGAAUGAUAAACCAGUUAUUCCCAAAUGUUGAAGGGCAGAAUUGGCCUCCCAUGUUGGUUGAGCCCAUAUGGAAAAUCGUUUGGGAAUCCAAGGCAGCUUGUUUGAAAGAAGGGGUGUUUAAGACGCCUUGUGAUGAGGAGCUUCUCAGUGCAUUGCCUACUGAGAGUCACCAUGGAAGGGUUGCUUUUCUUGCUCCAAAAUUUGUUUCUCCUCAUAGGAUGUCCUGUGUGGUUCACCUUGCCGGUACUGGAGAUCAUACUUUUGAACGAAGAUUGCGACUUGGUGGACCAUUGCUGAAGGAGAAUAUAGCAACCAUGGUACUUGAGAGUCCUUUCUAUGGAAAAAGACGUCCUUUUCUUCAGCGUGGUGCAAAACUCUUGUGUGUGAGUGACUUGCUGCUACUGGGAAGAGUCACAAUUGAGGAGGCUAGAAGCCUUCUGUAUUGGUUGGACUCUGAAGCUGGGUUUGGAAAAAUGGGUGUAUGCGGAAUUAGCAUGGGGUCCAGACAAAAUUCUACUGUACCAAGGGAUGAAGACAAGAAGGAGUCGGAUAGGAGAGAGGGACUGCUUGCACAGGUCCCUAGAGAUCCGGCAGGGCCAGUGUAUCAAGGAGACAUAAUGGACUCUGCCGAAAGGUGCGCCGAAAUAGUUGUGUCAGGCGGCGCAGGUCAGAGCAGCUUUAUCAGAAGUGCCAGAGGUGUCAGAGGUGUCAGAGGUGUCAGAGGUCAUUAUCCUUGGCUUCGGCUUGUUGAGUGA